ACGUGCGCUGACCUGAAGGAUGAUACACAAAACGGAACUCAUGUGUCUUGUUCCGUUCCCUUCCCACCUGUCUACCAAACACUACCUUACAUUGUAUACAUUAUAUUAUAUGUAUAUAUAAGCCAUGAUCAUCUCUAUAGUUAUGUAAGCAAUUAAGAACAAAUCCCAUCAUGCUAAGAUUCCCCUCUCCUGUGUUCUCAUACUCAAACAUGGAAUGUCUCUUAGAUGAUGAACCCUUUAAUCAUAACCAGAACAACUUCAAUAAAGAAAGGGUGUCCUCAUCAGAGUACUCAUUUCCAAAUCAACCACAGCCUGCAGUAGUACUGCAAGCUAAGGUGGUGGAAAUGUUAACUGCUCCAUCCCCAGACACCAAGAAACUUAACCACAAUGCUAGUGAACGUGAUCGCCGCAAAAAGAUCAAUAGCUUGAUUGCUUCACUUCGUUCACUGCUUCCUGCAGGGCAAGAUCAAAUGAAAAAAAUGAGCAUUCCGGCCACAAUUUCUGGAGUCAUAAAGUAUUUACCAGAGUUACAACAGCAAGUAAAAGGACUAACUAAGAAAAAAGAGAAGCUUCUAUCAAGAAUUUCUCAGCAAGGAGAUGCAGUAAACGAAGAAUCUCGAAAAAGGAAGAAGUUUAUUAAUCCCCAUCACAACUCUGCAGAUUUUAUAGUUUCAAAUAGCUGGCUCAAUGAUUGUGAGGCUGCAAUUCAUAUUAUUUCCUCUAAUUAUGAGGAGGCUCACAAUCACAAGACUCCACUGCCCGAGAUCAUACUGUGUUUAGAAAAUAAUGGGUAUUUUCUGCUAAAUGCUUCUUCUACUGAAACCUUUGGAGGAAGUCUUCUACAUCUUGCAUUUUCAAGUGGAAAAAACUCAUAGAUUAGAGUCUGAUAUUAUAACUCAGAAGCUUUUGUCAAUAUAUGAGAAGAAGCAAAGAAUGUUCUAGUCAUAUAUUAUAAGUGUUGGCUCAAAUUAUGAAGAACCAAAUGAUCUUCACUACUCUGAUAUUAAGUUUGCGUAACAGUUGUAUAUAUUUGGGAAAGCACGGAUGGCAGGCUUAUAGUGUUUUUUUUUUCUUUGAUCCUAAUGUUUCAAUCCGUUCUCAAAAGUAUAAAUGUUUCUGAAUAAAUUAUUUUCCUGAGGUUCGAACUUCUGUUAUCAUUCUUAUAAUGUUUUAACUUGCUUACACUGGGGGAGCUUUGUAGAAAGCAUAGGAGUAAAUAAACUCUCACUGUAUUGAUAAUGAAAGUAUAGUUAGGUUUAUAUACAAGUUUAGCUGUGUAACAAACUCUAACAGAAUGCUUAGCUGUCCUAACAAACUCUUAACAAACAAACUAACUAUAUACAAAUAUACAAGUUUAAUAAGCUUCACCAAUUUAAUUAGCUUGCAGGGGACAGGAUGAGCACAUGUGAAGAAAAUUAUCAUGGAA